CUGCAGAACUGGCUCUGUGGUACUUAGUAUGACCAUUACUGGGUUGUAACUAUCUGACGCAACAACUUUGAAGCAUAUCUGGAAUCUGCAAUGACAAGUCUGAACAGUAGCCAUGCAGAGAAAACUGGUGAAAUGUCUUCAAAGCAGUCUGCCCCAAAAGUGCAGGUUCAGAGAUCUGUUUCCCGAGAAACCAUCACCAUUCACUUCUCGGCAUUUGGGAAGGAGGAAGAGGAGGAGGAAGAGGAGUUUAAGCAGACGCCGGAUGAGGAACUGGAUGACCAAAGCAUUGUGACAGCACUUGAAGCCAAGGAAGACCUCUGCUUUGAACAUGGCAGCCAUGACAGUUCUAGUCCAGCUACCCCACCUAGCCCGGUCAACUCUGCAUCCCUACUGUCUCCAUCACCUGCUGUUAUGCCAACUGUAAACACUGUAAAGCUGUUGGAUUCUCCUUCCACUUCCCAAGUAUUCAAUGCAGUGCCAUUAGUUCUGUCUCCCUCCUUGCACUCCUGUUACGUAGCUAGUUCAUCAGGUGUGUCAUCCCCUUCUGAGCAGAAAGCCAGCUCCUCCUCCCCGUCAUCCUCCCCAUUCAAGGCAACUGUCUUGACUAGUACAUCAUCCUCCACUUCUAGCUCAAAGCCUUUUAUGAGUUUAGUUAGGUCCCUUUCAACAGAUGUAGAACCAAAAGAGCCCACCCCACCCACAAGACACAGGCACUUAAUGAAAACCUUAGUGAAGUCUCUGUCAACGGACACUUCUAGACAAGAAGCUGAAGCUGUGUCCUACAGACCACCUGACUCUAAACUGAACUUGCACCUGUUCAAGCAGUUCACUCAGCCUCGAGUUGUUACAGGUGGCGAUUCCAAAACUGCCCCCUCCUCCCCGUUAACGUCUCCUUUGGAUACUCGCUCUUUUUUUAAGGUCCCUGAAAUGGAGGCUAAAAUUGAAGACACUAAAAGGCGCCUUUCAGAAGUCAUUUAUGAGCCUUUUCAGCUCCUCAGCAAAAUAAUAGGUGAUGAAAGUAGUAGCCACAGGCCCAAAGCCUUAUCUUCAAGUGCUUCAGAACUAUCAAAUCUUUCCAGUUUGAACGGCCACUUGGAAAGCAAUAACAACUACAGCAUUAAGGAAGAAGAAUGUGAUUCUGAAGGGGACUUCUAUGGUAGUGAACCUCGUCUAAAUAAGAGCGACCAGGCCAAAAUUGCUGAGGAACAGGCAAAAGAUACUGAGAGUCAGAGCUCUCAGUCUAUAUGCACAAAGGAUGUUGGGUUGAAAACUUUGCUUGUACUUGAAAAAUGUUCUUUGUCUGCACUGGCAAGCAAAGAGGAUGAGGAGUUUUGUGAACUUUAUUCUGAAGACUUUCUCUUGAUAGAGGAAGAAAAUAAAGGGGAUAAACCUACAGAUGCUGUGCUGCAGCCAGAGAUGACUGAGGAAAAUGGUACUGUGCUCAGUAGGGAAGAUGACCUUAACCUUUAUGUGCAGCAGCCUAAAAUACCAGUGAAGACUUUGUACUUCUUUACAAUGUUAGUCUAUGCUUACCUUAUACUCCCUCUCCCUAGUUAUUUCAGUGGACUAUUUCUGGGGGUUGCCCUUGGAUUUAUGAUGGCUUUCUGUGUGAUAUGGCUUUUUACACCCACUACUUGGGAAUAUCACAAUUUACCUAGAAAUCUGAGCAAGCAAUGGAAUACAGAAUCGCUGGAUAUCAAAGAACCUGACAUAUUGAAGGGAUGGAUGAAUGAAAUUUAUAAUUAUGAUCCAGAAACUUAUCAUGCUACAUUGACUCACUCUGUUUAUGUGCGGCUAGAAGGAAGCACCUUAAGACUUUCAAAACCCAAUAAAAAUAUUUCCAGAAGGGCUAUUUACAAUGAGCCUAAACCUGAUGUCUCCUACAUCAGCCAGAAAAUUUAUGAGCUUACAGACAGCAAGAUCUAUCUGGUUCCCAAGAGUCUGGCACGAAAGCGAAUUUGGAAUAAAAAGUACCCUAUUUGCAUUGAACUUGCUAGACAAGAUGACUUUAUGGCUAAGGCCCAGACUGAUAAAGAGAACUUGGAAGAAAAGUCAUCUGCAGAAAAAAUAGACUUAAGCAGUGAAGAAUCCAAGAAACCUCAGGAUGGAGCAAAGUCCACUAUACAGAAGGAUCAAGCGCUUUACCUCUUUGGAAGGACGGGUAGGGAGAAGGAGGAAUGGUUUAGGAGAUUCCUUCUGGCUUCCAAGUUAAAGUUGGAAGCAAAGAAGCCAUUUACUUUAUGUGGAAACAAACCAGGGUUCUUGCCAGCGCACAGUAGAAGCAAUAGUCAGUCUGGGAUGCUCACGCACAGCCGCAGCAGUAGCAAAGGAAGUGCAGAAGAAAUUGUGUCUCUGCCUAAGCAAAAGGACCUGGGAGGCAGCGUGCGACAAAAAAUGCUUUUGGACUAUAGUAUGUACAUGGCAAAGUGUGUUCCACAGGAAAGCAGAAGUCCUUCCGUUAGUCCAGUCCCCAGUGCAGACAGCAGCCCUACUGCUGUGAAGAAGUUGCCAGACAUUCACCCUGUAGCUGAAGAAGAGGAACAGGAGGCAUGGGUAAAUGCAUUGCUUGGAAGAAUAUUUUGGGAUUUCUUAGGUGAAAAGUAUUGGUCUGAUCUGGUGUCCAAGAAGAUCCAAAUGAAACUCAGCAAAAUAAAGCUACCAUACUUCAUGAAUGAGCUGACUCUAACUGAACUUGACAUGGGAGUAGCAGUGCCAAAGAUCCUCCAGGCCUUCAGACCUUCUGUCAAUCACAAAGGGCUUUGGAUUGAUUUGGAAAUAUCUUAUAAUGGGUCUUUCUUAAUGACCCUGGAGACCAAAAUGAAUUUGACCAAACUUGGUAAAGAACCUCUUGGUGAAGCACUGAAAGUUGGAGAGAUUGGCAAAGAAGGUUUCAGGCCAAGAGCGUAUUGCCUUGCAGACAGUGAUGAAGAAUCCUCUAGUGCUGGGUCUUCAGAGGAGGAUGAUGCCCCUGAGCUGAUGGGUGGAGAGAAGCAGCUGGCUCCAGGAGCAGAGGGGUAUGUUGGAGGACAUCGGACAAGUAAAAUCAUGAGAAUUGUGGAUAAAAUCACCAAGUCGAAAUAUUUCCAAAAAGCCACAGAGACUGAGUUCAUUAAGAAGAAGAUUGAAGAGGUAUCUAAUACUCCACUGCUGCUAACCGUUGAAGUGCAAGAAUGUAAAGGAACACUAGCAAUUAACAUUCCACCACCACCCACUGACAGGAUAUGGUACGGUUUCCGAAGACCUCCUUACUUAGAGCUAAAAGCUCGGCCAAAGCUUGGUGAGCGAGAAGUGACUUUGGUUCACGUGACUGAGUGGAUAGAGAAGAAACUGGAACAAGAAUUUCAGAAAAUCUUUGUCAUGCCAAACAUGGAUGAUGUUUAUAUUCCUCUAAUGCACUCGGCCAUGGAUCCCCGCUCGUCUACUUGCCCAUCAAAAGAUUCAGUCACGGAGGCUGCUAAUCAACCAUGAAAUGUGAAGACUUUGCAGUUUACAGUAUUACUACUUUUACUUUCAUGGUUUUUUAAAACCGUGCAGUAGUUUUUGCCCUUAACUUGUGCCACACUUUUCCCCCCUCCCUUUCCUUUUUUUUUUAAAUUUUUUUGAGGACUGCUUAGACCAUAUCUUUGCACUUCACUUGCCUGGUUACUGUUCCUGCUUACUUCAGUUAUACGAAGUUCCAUUUCAUCCCAUGUAGCAGUUGAUUUCUCUCUAACAGCUGCUGUCAGGAUUUUAUUAUGGAGGCUAAGGUGACCUUCUCUGAGGUAAGGAAACCAGAGAAACCAUUGUAGUAGACCAAGGAGCUUGAUGACACAAUUGCUCAGCUUGUGUUGUCACACUGUGCUAACGUAUGGUUCAGUCUUGAAAGAUUGUUCUGGCAGCAAAGGAACCGCAUGCCAAAUGACCGGAGUCUGCGGUAAGAAACACAUUUAUACACCUGGAAGACUUUCUCUCGCUCAGGCAGUUGGAGGUGUAGAAUGAACUGUUUCAUGUUCUUUCACUUCUGCAGUCAAUAGCUUGUGUCAAGCAAUCGAAAUAUGAAAUGCUUUCAGGAGAAAAGAAUGUAAAUUGGAUGUAUAGGUAAUAUUGUGAAUCAGUCUGGGGUAUACAUAUUAACUUAUUUUUUUUCAUGCAAAUUUUGUGGUUUUUUUGGGAAGCAAGUAGCCAUAAAACCAACAAACAAAAAUAUCUGAAGGUGGGAAUUGUAAGGAUUUUGUGAUUGGGAAAACAUUAGUCAAAGCCAUGAGACCAAACCAUAACAAGCCGCCUUAUAGUGAGGUACAAUCACCACGGUUUGUGAUUUAAUUCUCAAUGUUUGUUACAGAGGUGAACAUACGUGAAAAUGUCUAAUUCUGCACAUAAUGACCAGAAAUCUUUAGUUACCUUACUUGUGUAUGGAGUCUCUAGAGACAAUGAAAAACUUUCUGGCAGGAGAAUUUCUGUUGCUGAAUUUCCCCAUCACACCAGUGUUUACAAUGGAAAAGCAUGGGCUCAAAUUCUGACUUGUUACAGCCCUGCAGCUGAAGUGAGUUCACUUGAUGGCUGUGAGGAUUAUCUCUGUUGAGGGCAGACUUUGAUCCCCGUGCAUUUGUUUCUCAAAGUUUUGUAGGUGACAUAGGAAUUGAGGUAUUUGCAGUUACUCAAGCUGAUCAGAAGCUGGUUAUAUUUAAGGACUAUUUCUGCUAAUUAAUGGCCAAAACUAAGGAAAAAAAACUGCCUUUUUAUUUAUAUCCUGUAUGGAGACUCGAGACUAAAUGUACACAUUAACUAUUUGAUCACUACAUAUCCAAUGUUUAACAUCUGU